AUGCAAGCUUUUGUGCGCUGCGCCAACCUUAAAGCGGGUGGGACAGCGGGUGGUUGCGCAUUGCGCACGUCGUCACACGUCUACCUGAGCUUUGUGCUGGGUCCUGGAGGAGAAGGUGUCGUCUAUAUAACCCUCAAAGGUUCAGAAAGUUUGACGAUGACGACCGACGAGAUUCCCACGCUGCCUACGAUCGAGGUCCGCUGGUCGGUCCCCAACGAAGAUGUAGUUUCCUGGCUCGCCGAUCUGCACGAGGACAGCCGUGUCGGAUACGUCGAUGGCUGGCACCAGGAUCGCGACUACCACGAAAUCACCGUGCGCUACCACGUCGACAAGCCCCUGGGCGAAUUCAUCGACCAGAUCAAACAAAUCCCCUGGUACGUAGACCACAAGGAGCUCUAA